AAAGAUCAUUAACAAGACAAGUUAUUUUUUUAUUUCUACCACAUGUGUGUAACUAUAACUAGUACUUUUAGCGUUUUUCUUGUGAUCUAUCCAUCAAGAACGUGUAUCAUCAACAACUAGUUACUAUUCCACCUAUUGAAAAGCAUGUCUACGUCCAAAACUGAACAAAAAGAAGACAGUGCACCAAUAAUGGCCGCAGAAGAAGUGGUUCCUGAGAAGCACCCUCUACAAAACAAGUGGUCAUUGUGGUACUUGAAGCAAGAUAAAUCGAAAGACUGGAAAGACAAUCUGAAAAAUGUUAUAUCUUUUGACACUGUGGAGGACUUCUGGUCGGUGUUCAACCACAUAAAGCCCCCAAGCAUGAUACAGUCUGGAUGUGAUUACAUGCUCUUUAAGGAUGGAAUUCAGCCGGCCUGGGAGGACGCACAGAACAUCAAGGGUGGGCGAUGGCUGCUCCAAAUAGACAAGAAGGACAGGAGAGAUGUACUGGACUCGUUCUGGCUAGAGACAAUAAUGCUUCUGAUAGGAGAAGGAUUUGACGACAGCUCUGACGAGGUGCGAGGAGCCGUGGUGCAGAUCAGAGGCAAGGGGGACAAGAUUGCCAUCUGGACGGGAAACAGUAAAAAAACAGAUGAUGUCAUGGCUAUAGGUCGGACUUUCAGAGAGAAGUUGAUGACCCUUACCCGACGACCUCCCUAUAUUACGUACCAAUCACAUGACGAUGUUGCCACAAAGAGCGGCUCCGUCAGCAAGAAUAUGCACACGUUAGGAGGUGGAGGACACGAUCAUCGCUAGGGGCAGCAAGCAUGUUAUAUAGGGACAUUUGAUAGCAACUCUGCUGUCUCAAACUGUGUUCAUCAUUUUAGGGCAAUGACGUUUCACAUGAUUCAUGCUCAUUUUGUGACUGUGUUAAUUGAAAGCUGUGACUUUAGUUAUUUAUGUCAAUUCUAUAUGUAUUUCUUAUUACCAUGAGGUAUUUGUAUUUUAUAUUAUAAUUAUACCAGAGUUAUAAAAACUUGAAACAAA